GAUUCCAAUUAGUCCAUCAAGCUGAGCUAGCAGUCCAUGUGAUUAUCUGUCAACCCACAAUUCCCUUCUACUUUCCAGUGAGGAGUUUUGCUGUUCUUUGCUUACUUCCUUCUACUCUUCUACUUUCUUCUUAAUGUUCUUUGAUUUUAUUUCUUUCUAUAAAUAGAUUUUCUGAUCCAUAUUAAAAGUUUCCCUUCUUGUUUUGAUCACCUACCAAACAGAGAACAGGAUCAAGUAUACAUAAACUUCCCCAUAAUUCACUUUUUAUUCAUUCUUUUUCUCUUUAUACUUUCUGGAUUUUAGGAUCUGAACAUGGCAUCUGAAGUUCCUGUUUCUGAUUCUUCUGCUGUUGUCACUGAACUGGUUCAACUUCAACAGCAGCCAGCAGAUCAAAAAGAACUAGAAGUAACAAAGAAAAUAGAAGAGAAAAAACCAGAAGAGGAAAUUGAGCACUCAGACAUGCCUAAAACCCAAGAAGAGAUAAAGCAGGAUGUUGUUAUUGAUGAGGAAAAGCCGAGUGCUGAUGGGCCGGUGUCUGAAUCUGAUGCUGUUACAGAAGAGGAUCCCGAAAAGGUGCCUACAAGUGAAGUUCUGGUAGGAGCACAAAUUGAGGAGAUACCGGAAGUGGAGGCAGUCAAGGAAAAGAAUGAGGAAAAGGCGGUAGAAGUUGUCGAGGAAAAAGAAGGUGGGGAAGCACCCAAAGAAGAGGCUCGAGAAAUUGAUGUGGUGAAGGCACAAGAUGUUACAGAGGAGAGUCGAGAGAUUGGUGUUGUCGAAUCAUCAACUGAGGAUGUUCUGAAGACAGAAACAUCAGAAGUUAGUCCGGGGACAGAACCUUUGAUAGACAAUGUUGUUGAGAAGGCGGUUGAGGGAAGUGCAGAAGACAAAAGUCCUAUUGAAAAAACAGAACAUGUACCAGAUGUUGAGGAAGUAGCUGUUGAGGGUAUUAAAAAAGACAUAUUGAAAGAAGAAGAAAAGCCCGAAGAAGAAACUGUCUCUAAGGCGGCAGAAGUAGCUCAAGCGGUUCAAGAGGAAGUCGUGGAGGUGAAAGAUUUAGGUUCUACAGAUUACUCUAAGGAUGUAGAAGAGGAAAAGCAAGGGCCACCUUCUGAAGUCGAAGCAGUAGAGCCCGUUCAGGAGGAUGUCGAGGAAUCAAAACAGGAGUCGCCUUCUCAAGUCGAAGCAGCUCAACCCGUUCAGGAGGAUGUAGUGGAAGUGAAGGAUUUAGCCUCGACAGAUUACCUCACGAAUGUUGAGGAAUUAAAACAGGAUUCGCCUUCUCAAGUCGAAGAAGUUCAACCAGUUCAGGAGGAUGUAGUUGAAGUGAAGGAUUUGGCCUCGACAGAUUACCCCAAGAAUGUCGAGGAAUCAGAACAGGAGUCGCUUUCUCAAGUCGAAGAAGCUCAACCCAUUCAGGAGGAUGUAGUUGAAGUGAAGGAUUUAGCUUCCAUAGAUUACCCCAAGAAUGUCGAGGAAUCAAAAGAGGAUUCACCUUCUCAAGUCGAAGCAGCUCAACCCGUUCAGGAGGAUGCAGUGGAAGUGAAGGAUUUAGCCUCGACAGAUUACCCCACGAAUGUCGAGGAAUCAAAACAGGAGUCGCCUUCUCAAGUCGAAGCAGAUGUAGUUGAAGUGAAGGAUUUAUCCUCCAUAGAUUACCCCAAGAAUGUCGAGGAAUCAAAACAGGACUCGCCUUCUCAAGUUGAAGAAGUUCAACCAGUUCAGGAGGAUGUAGUGGAAGUGAAGGAUUUAGCCUCGACAGAUUACCCCACGAAUGUCGAGGAAUCAAAACAGAACCCACCUUCUGAAGUCGAAGCAGUUCAACCCGUUCAGGAGGAUGUAGUGGAAGUGAAGGAUUUAGCCUCCAUCAAUUACCCCAAGAAUGUCGAGGAAUCAAAAGAGGACUCAGCUUCUCAAAUGGAAGCAGUUCAACAAGCUCAGGAGGAUGUAGUAGAUGUGAAGAAUGUCGAGGAAUCAAAGCUAGAGCCGCCUUCUCUGCAGGCAGACGAGAAAGUGAAUGAGCAGCCUAACGAAGCACCAAAAGUCAAGGACACAAAGCAGGAAGACGUUGCUGAGGAUAAGAUACAAAGUCCGAGUAUAGGGACUGAGACCGAGAAAAAGGAAGAAAAUGGCGAAGUUACUAAACGGGCAAGUUUAGGAGACAUGAUCAAAGAAGAGAAUAAAGCUCAUCAAACUGAAGAAGUUUCCGAACAAGUGAAAGACGAUCAAAAUGAUCAAACCCAAGAAAAAGAAGAAUCAACACAAACCAAAGAAGUGGUUGAAAAAACUUGCGAUGUUGAGGUAAUUCCUCCUCCAGAGGAGAAAUCCGCGGCUACUCUUACUGAGGCGGAGAAAAAUGGACAUACAGAGGAAGUCACGAAAGAAGAAGGAGUCGUAACAAAGGAAGAUGAUGCAAAGGUGGAAGAGAAAAGUAAAGACGAAGUUGUAACAAAACCCGCGUCCAAGACUAUCUUAUCUAAGAUGAAGAGCUCACUUGUUAAAGCAAAGAAGGCGAUUAUUGGGAAAUCGCCAUCCUCUAAGACAAUCACAAGUGAUGCAAGUAAGGGUGAUUUGUAAGUUGAAUUUGAAGCUCUUUUGAAUUUUGUGUAUCAUAUUUUUGGUAUUGUUAUGGUGUUUGUGAUUGGCAUUUGUGGAUUCGUUUCUGUUUGUUUUGUGAUUCAUAGAAUGUGAAUACACAGAAGGGUAUAGGUUUGAGGUUUUGUGAACUUCAUGAUUUCAUUUCACUUGGUUUAAUUUGUUGUUUUAUUGAUCAAGAAUCUUAUUAUUAGUAUUAAUGGUAUUUGUUCAAGAGUAUGUAUGAACUAACAAAUGUUUGUUUCUUUC